GCACCUUAAGACAAAAAUUGACAGCUUACUACUUUCACAGAUUUUAAACCAUAAACAAGUAUUUAAAAAUUAGAAAUCAACAUUUAAAAAUAAUUUUGAAAAUUUCUUAGUAAUUAUAUGAUAGUAUUUAAUGUUCAAAAUGAAUUACAAAGAAUUGUGGUUACUAGUUAAACGUAUUUUUCCAAUCUUAGAUGAAAGUAUCAAUCUGUGUCAACUUGAAGAGAGCUUAUUCUUGAAACAUGAAUUUUUUGAAGCUAUAGAUUUCAUUAGAAAUGCUAAACUCACUUUACACAUACAGAACCUUAUAGUAAGCAAAAUAGAACAAAGAUUGAGAGAUGAAGUUGCUCCUGCAUUUUGGUCUUAUUUCAAAAGUAACGAACAUGAGAGUAAAGGAUUCAUACAAUUUUACAAUGCUGUGAAAUCUUUAUUCGAUUCAUAUAGACAAUUAGAUAACACAAUGAGUAAAUUGGAAUUGUUUAGAGAGGCAACAUAUUUGAAUGAGUUGGUAUAUAAUGAAAAAGACAUGCAUAAUGCACUAAAACUUAUUCUUAAAGCUACUUUGCUAUCUCAAAUACAUUUAGAUUAUCAGGUUAUAGUAAUGAAUUUUUACAAAGUUGCUUUAAAAAUGGAAGAUGUAGACGAAAAUAAUUUUGGACAGUGUAUAAUCUGUUCACAGGAAAGUUUACAUUGCAAUUGUAUGCAUCUAUUCCAGGAAACAAAUAGAUACUGUCAAUGUCUCUGUGAAAAUUUGAGUAUAAUACAAGCUUUAAAGCCAGUAUAUACACUAAAUAGAAAUUGGAAGAGGUAUAAUUUUAGAAAAUUGGGACAAAUGUCACUUUUAGAACCUCUAGUUGGUCAAACAUUAACAAAUCUUAUUUAUGAUGCAAUUUAUUUACAUAUCCAUAAAAUUUGUAAGGAUAGUUUUGAUUCAUCUUUCGUUGGAGUUCUUGAAAAGUGGGUUCAGGAUAUAAUAUUGAAUUGGCUUAGAAAUAUAUACUGUUAUGAUACUUUAAUACCAAUUGAAGAAUCUAUCAACGCAUCUGAAAAGAAAUUGAUUAAUUUUUUAUAUACUAUAUAUACAAAGAUGAGGAUAGAUCAGUUGUUCAAUAUUAUAAUAGAAUAUCCAGAAUCAUUACCAGCUCUUGAAGAUUUGAGAUUAUGUCUUCCUAGAACCGACUUGAAGUCAAUGUUGACAAAAACAUUACAAAAAGCAAUGGAAACAAGAUUGCUCCAUCCUGGAGUUAGUACUCCUGAUGUUUUAACAGCUUAUGUUGCUGCAAUUAGGUCUUUGAGGGUGUUAGAUCCAACAGGUUUAUUAUUAGAAACUGUCACUCAACCAGUGCAUCAAUAUUUGAGAAGUAGGGAAGAUACUGUUAGAUGUGUUGUCAGAAGUUUGACUGAAGAAGGUCCUAACGAUUUAGCUGAGGAAUUGGUUAGAGGAGAAGCUGUCCAAGUAGAUGAAAACACGCCCCAAGAUGAAGAUUCAGAAGAUUGGGAAAAUUGGCUACCAGAUCCAAUUGAAACUACUCCCAACAAAAUUUCCACAUCUAGAAGAACUUCUGACAUAAUUUCUAUGUUAGUGAAUGUUUACGGAAGUAAAGAAUUGUUUGUAAAUGAAUAUAGAACUUUAUUAGCCAAUCGACUUUUAACUCAAUGCGGUUGUGAUACUGAAAAAGAAAUCCGUUACUUGGAGUUAUUGAAGCUUAGAUUUGGUGAUUCUCAGUUACAUUAUUGUGAGGUUAUGUUAAAAGAUGUGGCAGAUUCAAAAAGGAUAACUCAACAUAUCAAGCAGGACAACGAAUAUACAGAAGAAGAAAUACCUAUAUCAGCAAUGAUUGUUAGCGCCCAAUUUUGGCCUGCAUUCAAAGAAGAGAAAUUAGCACUCCACCCUAAAGUUCAUUCACAAAUUUCAAAGUAUAUAACAGCAUUUGAGACGUUAAAAGGUAGUCGCACUCUGUGUUGGAAAAAUCAUUUAGGUUUUGUUGAUUUGGAUAUUGAAUUGGCAGAUCGAACUUUGAGUUUGUCAGUUUCGCCAGUGCAUGCUACAAUUAUAAUGCAUUUCCAAGAGAGGGCUCAAUGGGAUUUAGAUGAAUUGAGCAAAGUAAUGCAGUGCCCUUCAACUGUUCUCAGAAGGAAAAUUGGAUUUUGGCAGUGCCAUGGCAUAAUAGCAGAAACAUUUCAAGAUUUUUUUUGUAUUCAAGAGGAUUUGGAAAAUAAAGAUGCUAGCAUACAAGAAGACGUAUUCGUUGAAGAUUAUGAAACAGAAUCAGCUAUGGCUAGCGCACAGGAUCAAAGAGAAGAGGAAUUACAGACAUUCUGGUCUUACAUUGUGGGUAUGCUAAUGAAUUUGGAUACAUUGCCUUUGGAAAGAAUUCAUCAGAUGUUGAAAAUGUUUGCAUUCCAAGGACCUACUAUAGAAUGCAAUAUUCAGGAAUUGAAGGUUUUCUUAGAUCGAAAAGUUCGUGAACAUCAUUUAAUAUAUUCCAACGGAUAUUAUAAGUUACCAAAAUGACAACAAAAUUAAUAAUCUUAAGUAAUAUUGAAUAUUUUUAGAUAAAGUUUUGUUUUUAUUUGAUCUCAAUAAAAUUGAUUACAUAUUA